UUCCUGAGGGUGGGGUGGGAGCGAGUGUCAGUCAGGUAGGGAGCGCAACCUGGACAGCUGAGACCCCUGCGGCUGACAGGGUGUCUGGGCCACUGCCGCGUUGUCCGCCCAAGAUGGAAUUCCUCUUGGGGAACCCGUUCAGCACCCCGGUGGGGCAGUGCCUCGAAAAGGCAACAGAUGGCUCCCUGCAAAGCGAGGACUGGACGUUGAACAUGGAGAUCUGUGACAUCAUCAAUGAGACGGAGGAAGGGCCAAAAGAUGCCAUUCGAGCCCUGAAGAAGCGGCUCAACGGGAACCGGAACUACAGAGAAGUGAUGCUGGCAUUAACAGUCCUAGAGACAUGUGUGAAGAACUGUGGCCAUCGCUUCCACGUCCUGGUGGCCAACCGAGAUUUCAUUGACAGUGUUCUGGUCAAAAUCAUCUCUCCCAAGAAUAGUCCUCCCACCAUUGUACAGGACAAGGUGCUCGCUCUGAUCCAGGCCUGGGCUGAUGCCUUUCGAAGCAGUCCUGACCUCACAGGUGUUGUGCAUAUAUAUGAGGAGCUGAAGAGGAAAGGGGUCGAGUUUCCCAUGGCGGAUUUGGACGCUCUGUCUCCCAUACACACACCACAGCGGAGUGUCCCUGAAGUGGAUCCAGCCACGACCAUGCCCAGGUCCCAAUCGCAGCAGAGGACGAGCACCAGCUCCUAUUCUUCGCCUCCUCCUGCUCCCUACUCCGCUCCACAGGCCCCGGCUCUGAGUGUGACUGGCGCCAUCACAGCCAAUUCAGAACAGAUUACUAGGCUGCGGAGCGAACUGGACAUUGUUCGAGGAAACACAAAAGUCAUGUCUGAGAUGUUAACGGAAAUGGUCCCUGGGCAGGAGGAUUCGUCUGAUCUGGAGUUGCUACAGGAGCUGAAUAGGACCUGCCGGGCCAUGCAGCAGCGAAUCGUGGAGCUCAUCUCCAGAGUAUCCAAUGAGGAAGUGACGGAGGAGCUACUGCACGUCAACGACGACCUCAACAAUGUCUUCCUCAGAUAUGAGAGGUUUGAACGAUACAGGUCGGGCCGAUCAGUUCAAAAUGCCAGUAAUGGAGUACUGAAUGAAGUGACCGAAGACAACUUAAUAGACCUGGGGCCUGGGUCUCCAGCCGUGGUGAGCCCAAUGGUGGGGAACACGGCACCCCCAUCUUCCCUCUCUUCCCAGCUUGCAGGCUUGGACUUGGGGACAGAGAGCGUCAGUGGCACCCUCAGUUCACUUCAGCAGUGUAAUCCUAGUGACGGCUUUGACAUGUUUGCCCAGACAAGAGGGAACUCCUUGGCCGAGCAACGCAAGACGGUAACCUAUGAGGAUCCCCAGGCUGUUGGAGGACUUGCUUCUGCACUAGACAAUCGGAAACAGAACUCCGAAGUGAAGAGAGGUAAAGGUGGGGACUCUGACCUGGAGCCCAUAGACAGCUGGCUCAUAACCCAAGGAAUGAUCCCUGUUGCGCAGCCCUCUGUCAUGGACGACAUUGAGGUGUGGCUCGGGACGGACCUGAAGGGCGACGACCUGGAGGAGGGCGUCACGAGUGAAGAGUUUGAUAAAUUCCUUGAAGAAAGAGCCAAAGCUGCUGAAAUGGUUCCCAACCUCCCCUCACCCCCAGUGGAGGCCCCAGCCCUGGCCUCAAACCCCUCCGGCCGGAAGAAGCCAGAGCGGUCAGAGGAUGCCCUCUUCGCCCUGUGAGCUGUUCUGUGGUUUGGCUUCCCGAUGGCAGGUUACCUCUUGUCCCUGUCCAUACCAGGCACUGGCCACUCCUAUUCCCAGCCCCUACUUGGUCCUGCGUUGCUGUGUCUCCAUGGAAACACCACUGUGUUUGCUCCCAGGCUUCCCAUUAGUCAGGACCAACUUAAGCCACCUUCUUUCUAGUGGUGGGACAGCAUCACUGCAGCCAGAGGCCCCUCACCUCCCCCAUCCCACCUCUCUUGCCCACAGACUCCCUCUGUCCAUGUUUCCUCCCAGGAAGAACAGAUAGCAGAGCCCAGCCUCAGACAAGGCAGUCUCCUUGGGACUGUUUCCUGAGUGGACACUAGGACUGUCUCCUCCUGUCACCUGCCCACAGAGAAGGGGGUCAGAUCCUGGCUCCUUGCCCCAUGUAUCCCGUCCCCUGUCUUGCUUAGUGGGUCUCCGUGGUCUGGCCUGCCUUCCCAUGCCCCUCUGAUCCAGAAAGGGCUUAUCUACACCUGCAGGCUUGGUCUCCCUCCUGGACUACUGCUUCCUGAUGUGUGUCACCUUGUGGCACUGGGUGUGCUCAGCACUUUAGAAGGCUCUGUGGGGUGCCCAUAUAUGGGGGUCUCUCAACUUCUUGACUCUCCAUCGCUCAGCAGCCAAGCUGGGGACCAAAGGGGCCUCUCAUGGCCCCACAUGCUCCUGGCAUGGGAAGAGAGAGCGGGGUGCUGGGAGGACAGCACACAACCAAUGGACAGUGGCUACGUGGCAUGCCGGUUAGCUCCUGCAGAGAUGACACUACCAUAAAUCAAACUGCCCCCAUGCACAGUACAUGCUCCCCUCACACAGCUGGCCCAGUCUGUGGAGGGGCCCGCACGGGGAAGAAUUGCUCUGGCUUGCUUGGGAAAGCUUUGUGGGUUUUGAGCAUGCUCUGCUCAGGGCUUUAGCCUGGUCUGUGGCAGCCUCUAUGCCUCCACCUCCAGGGCCCAGCAGCAGACGGCUUUGCACCACGGUUGGAGAUUCAAAUGACUGAUGGGCCAAAGCGACACUAAAGUCCUUGCACUGUUCCUUGGCAUGGGCCUCAGCCUUCUCCACAGAUUGUUUUGACAGCCCGACCUCCCACUCCAGAUCCUCCCAGGCCACCGAUUUGUAUCCUCUCCCAAAGCCAACCUAGAAGGCAACAGAGCCUGGGACCGAGCAGCUAGAGGCUGGUAACACCUGCUCCCAUCCUGAGUCCUCAUUCGUGUGUGUCCUGGCUAUGGGUAAGGCGCUCUUGGUUCAACCUGGGCCGAGUCCAGCCUGAACCACUCCUGUGCUGCUGUUGCCCAGAACAAAAGUGCUGCGUAGCUGCUUCACACUAGCUGGUGAUCUCUGGAGCCUUGGCCAGGCCACCAUGUGUUCGUGACCCAUAAUGAGGUCAGCUCUUCCCACCUGGCAGCCCUAGCAGAAAGAAGCAGCUGGGCUUGAUGUAGGCAGAGACCAGUGCCACAGUCUCUAGCCAGGGCAUUUAGGACCAGCUGAGGGGCUGUGCUGAGCAUCAACAGGAACAGUUCUGGUGGAGGGAGGCACUGCAUGCCCAGGAACCCCAUGCCCAGUCUAGCACCGCUGCAGCUUCCUCCAGAGAAGAGGCCUGGGGUCUGGCUGGGAGGUCCAUCUGUCAGGAGCAGCUGGAGACAUCACAUUCCAGUUCCUUAGAGGACACCCAGGAAGCUCUUCCCCAGAACUCAGCCAGCCUGAUUCCAGCCCUGCCAUCUCUGGCAGCUCGUGCCACACCCCCAACCCCAGCCCUUGGCCAGCUCACUCCUCUCUCAACAUUUCUUGAGGGAAGAACCCCCUUUCCUAAGGCAGAGCCCCCUGAGGCUAGCUUGGAUGUUAAAAAGUCUGAAGUCAGCUGGCUUGACAUGAGCUGCAGAGAAGUUGGCUAAGAUGGCCCAGUUGUACCCAGAAACCCCAGCCCUUUGGCACUGUCCAAAGGGAUUGUCUCUGAGGGCCAGGGGCCUGCCUUUGCCAGUUUGCCAGCCCGUGGUGGUGGGCAGCUGGGCCUUGGGUGGUCAGUCCUGCAGGAGCCGCAGCACUACAGCAGCUGUCAAGUGUCCUCUGAGGGAAGAGCCAGUCCCCCUGUCUUUUGGAAGGAGAAGUCUCCACAAGACCAGGAGCCUGAAGGGUCUGGGGAGAGGAGGCUUCUGGUGGUGAGUGAAGCGGAAACAUGUGCCUGCCUAGGGAGAUCCCAGCAAAGCUGCUGUUAAUAUCCAUGGUCCAGAGCUGCCCGCCCCCACUCCAGUUGAACAGUAGGCGGUGGAUUCCUGUGGGCUGGCAGGAGGCAUUGCCCCAUGCAGAGAAGUGUCACCUGCUUUCCUGGCCUGGAGCCACCCCUUCUGCUCUCACAUCAUGUCCAGAGGCAGCCCGCCCCUAUCUGGAAGUUGAGGUGACAUUGCUUGAGGCCUGCAUGAGAAGCAAGUACAGGCCCAGGCUUCCUUGAGGGGGUGCUGUUCAGCCCUUCCUGUCCUGAGGCCAUAUGCAUCCUGGGCCACUGGGGAUCAGAGCCCUGGCAGGAAAGCUGGCCAGAGCCUACCCCCAAGAGAGUGAGACCCUCGCGAGGCACUAGCCUCUCCACAAGUAUUAGAAAUCACAGAUACAGUAUGUACUUAGUUACCCUAAAUUAUUGCUGGGAUUCCUCAUAAGCACUAAUUAUACCUGAUUAUAGGUUAAAAUAUUUAUUUCGUCAAAAUAUUUUCUUGAGGAUGUGUUUAACCUUUUCUGUUUCAUUAUGUGAAAACCAAGAUGUGAAAACUAACCAUUUCCUCCUGCCUACCAUUUUGGCAGUGGGCAGCAGUGAUGGCACUAAGUGCAGUUUGACCCAGGGUCUGGUGGGCCUUUGGCCAGCCUACCCCAGAACAGUCCCUACCUGGGACUCCCAAGCACCAAGCAGAGAUGACCAACUCGCUUAUCCUCAUGCAUGGGUCAAGGGGUUUCAGAGCUGAAAAGGCUUGUUGUUGGCCUGGGCCAGAGGGAAAGGUGACUGUUCCUCUGUUUUCUGUCCUCCUGUCUUUCUGUCGAUCAGCCCUCUCAGUGUGAAUGACUGUGCUGCCUGUCAUGGACCAUGCCUUGGCUCACUGCCCUUCCCCUCCUCACCCAGGGGUCCAGAGCAAGGGAGCCUGGGGAGGUCACUCAAGUGAGGCCUGUGCUGUCACUCAAGGCCUCCAGCUGGAAGAGUGGUGGCCAAGACUCUGGAUGGCCUGGCAGCAGCAGACACUCGGACUCCUCUAGCAUCACGGGGCAGAUGCUGCCUGGCCACUCACGCUCCUGCUUCUCCUCUUCCUUCCUGCCACCACACCCCCACUUCGCCUCCACACAUACAUGUUCAAACUCAGUCCGGCCCAGCCUUCUGGAUGGUUCUAGGGGGCUUGUGGGUCAGCUAGGGAAAAACACCAUGGAAGAAUGCCGUUCUCAGCCUGGCCUCAACUGGCCUACCAUGAGCCUCUCCACCAUCUCCCGUUAGGAUUCUGGGCUCCUCCCCUCUGCCCACCCAUGUGGGGAGCAGCUGGCUUCACCACCCAUGGCUGUGUGUGCCCAGAGGAUGCCCCUUGUGGUACCUGCUGCUUUCAGUGCCCAUCCCCAACCCUUCCUGUCCAUGGGGGUCCAAACCAGUCUUCCCCUGCAACUCCCUCCUUGCCCCCCACAACUGUCAACCCCGGAGUCACACUACUUCUCUCCUCUAAAAAUCCUUCAGGCUCUCCUGGAGAAAGAGGGAUGGAUAUUUAUUUCCUAAAGUUUGCAAUUCAUUUGUGAGAGUUCUCAGGAUUGUUAGGGGCUACUGAGAAAAGGAAUGUUUUGAGUUUGUUGUCCAGUUGUCCCAGAAGUCUGGUGUUCUGUCAUUGUGUGCUUCUGCAGGCAGAGCCAGUUCUGGAGGUGGGUCAGUGCAUUUGAAGCUCAGAGCAACACCCAUGCAUCCAUCUACCCACUGGCUCUCCUUCCAGAUAUUGUCUCUCUAGUUUGCGAUCUUGCAUGGAAAAUACUCCAUAAUAAACAAACAAACAAACAAACAA